AUGACUUCAGUAUCCAGACCAUCCACUGCUCAGCUCACGUCUACCAUUCAACUGGCGAGACCUUUUUUGACAAAAUCCCAAAUCAAACAUGCUCAGAAGAAAACUAUUGAAAACUUUACCACACUGGAAACUGCAAUGAUUUAUUAUCAAAGAUAUUUUUUAUUCAAUAAAUUUGAUACCAAUAUUUAUUAUGAUAUUGCAAUAACAUCAAUAUUCAUUGCAAGUAAAAAUGAAGAUACAAUCAAAAAAUUAAGAGAUAUUUUAAUAAUAGCAAAUCAAAUUAAGAAUACAUUUUUAACUCAAGAUCAAUUAGAAUUAUACCGAAGAAAAAUUCUUUCAUUAGAAUCAAAAUUAUUAGAAACUAUAUCAUUUGAUUUUAGAUUAUUUCAUGUUGAAGAAUUAUUAAUCAAGAUAUCCAAAACUUUGAAAAUUUCGAAAGAUUUGGGUUAUUUAGCUUGGUUAUUAGCUUAUGAUUCUUAUCAAACUGAAUUAGCUUUAAAAAUCCCACCACAAAGUAUAUCAAUUGCAUGUAUUACAUUAGCAUUAAAAUUAAAAGAUGAAAAUUGUGAUCAAAUAAGGCCUGAAGAUUUCCAUACAUCUCAAAAUUCAAUAAAUGAAGCAUUAUUAGAUCUUUUGGAAUUAUAUAUAAAUUCUUAUAAUUAUACAAAUUUAGCAAGUAUUUAUCCAGAUUAUCAAAAUAAAUUUGUUGAAAUUAGAAUUCCAAUGGAAGAUAUAAAUGGAUUAAAAGAACAAGAUGUUUCAGUGUUAACAAAAGAUGAUUAUUAUAAUGAUAGAGAUUUUUCAAUUGGUGAAAGAAGAUAUAUGUUGGGAAAUCAAAGAAAAAGAUUAUAUAGUGAAAUACCAAAAAAUUAA